AAAGCAGUGGGCUAAAGUAGGUAAUAAAAAAUUAAAUUAUAGUUGAUACACGAUAUGCGUAUUAAAAAAAAUCGACACUUCUAACAACUUAUGUCUUCAGUUUUAAAUGUUGAAAUUGUUCUAAAAUAAAAAAGAUCGAAAAGACAGUAAGUUGUGAACCCAGAAAGUGAUGUUUUCGUUUGUGACUUUUUUGUCACAAAACCUACAACCAAAGUAAUCGUGAAUAAAAUUAAUCACAACGUACUAAGAAAAUAUUGUACAGACAAUGGCGACGACGUCUCGUGUACCUAUAUCACAAAUUUUACGCAAUAAAGAUGACACCGAAGAAGACGAUGAGCCCAAGAAGAAAUCUAGGGAAGACUGGAGAAAAGCUAAAGAGUUAGAGGAGGCCAGAAAAGCUGGAACAGCACCAGCCGCUGUUGAUGAAACAGGCAAAGACAUAAAUCCUCAUAUACCUCAGUAUAUUGCAUCUGCUCCAUGGUACUAUGGGACUUCGGGACCUACUCUUAAACAUCAGCGGCCUCAGGAGGACAGAGAGGGACAAUUCACAAAGCUCGAUAAAUUUUACAAUAAAGGAGUUGAUGUGACAAAAGUAGCAACAAAAUUCAGGAAAGGGGCAUGUGAAAACUGUGGUGCGAUGACACACAAGAAGAAGGAUUGCUUGGAGAGACCUAGAAAAAUAGGUGCAAAAUUCACUAAUGCAGGAAUUGCGGCUGACGAGUUUGCUCAACCUGACUUGAACCUCAGCUAUGACGGAAAGAGAGACAGGUGGAAUGGAUAUGAUCCAGAGCAGCACAAAGCAAUCAUUGAAGAGUACCAGAAGGUAGAGGAAGCUAAACGAGAACUAAGAGCAAAGAAAUUGGAGAUAGAUCCAACAGCUAAAGAUGAAGACGAUAAGGAGGAGGAAGACGAAGACAAAUAUGUGGAUGAAGUGGACAUGCCCGGCACAAAGGUGGAUUCGAAGCAGCGCAUCACAGUUCGUAACCUGCGUAUCCGGGAGGACACAGCCAAGUACCUGCGGAAUCUGGACCCCAAUUCCGCCUACUACGACCCCAAGACUCGCUCUAUGAGAGACAACCCUACUCCUAACGUACCCGAGUCUGAGUACGGCGGCGAGAACAGCGUCCGCGUGUCUGGGGACACGGCGCAGCACGCGGCGGCGCAGCUGUUCGCGUGGGAGGCGCGCGCGCACGGCCUCGACCUGCACCUGCUGGCCGAGCCCACCAAGCUGCAGAUGCUGCAGGCGCACUACAAGCGCGACCAGCAGCGAUACAAGUCGCAGGUGAAAGAAUCGAUUCUGGAAAAGUAUGGAGGUGAGGAGCACCUCCAGUCUGUACCCAGGGAGCUGCUGCUGGCCCAGACCGAAGUGUUCACUCGCUACAAUAGGGACGGCACGCUCGUCAGCGGGGCAGAGAAGCAACUUGCCAAGAGUAAAUAUGAAGAGGAUGCUCUAAUAAACAACCACACCACAGUCUGGGGCUCGUAUUGGCGCGACGGCCAGUGGGGCUACAAGUGCUGUCACUCCUUCAUAAAGAUGUCAUACUGCGUUGGAGAAGCAGGAAAGACUGUCGUACUGCCCGUGUCGGAUGACAAGAAAUUGUCGACCAGCACCGAUGGAAUUAAACAAAAAGAGAAAAAACAAAAAGACCAAGAAGAAGACAGUUCAUCGUCGUCGUCAAGUUCGUCAGAAAGCAGUUCAUCCGAUUCGGAACAAGAUAAGAGAUCGAAAACGGAAAAGACAAGUAAAAAGAAAAAAGACAAGAAGAAAAUUAAGAAGAAGAAGAGGAAGAACGUUAAGAAAGAGAAGAAAACGGAGGAUAAACUGAAAAAGGCUUUGGAAAUGGAAGAAAGACAACAGAAACACGCUGAAUAUCUCCUUUCGAUCGACGAGCGGAAACGUGGAUAUAAUAGUAUGGUAGAAGUCAAGGAGCCAACAGAGGAUGAAAUGGAAGCCUACAGAAUGAAGAGGAAACGCGAUGAAGAUCCCAUGAGUCAGUUUUUAUAAAGAAAUGUUAAUAUCUAUGUAAAUAAACCACAUUGCAAGAA